AUGGAACAGCAGAAUAAUCUUGCAUUUUCUUUACAUUCUGAACUCAAUAACAGAAAUCGUCAAGUGGAACCGCGUCGUUUAAUUAAGCUCAGCGAAAUGCUUUUUCAGGUUGAACAAGAGUUGAACGAAUUGUGGAAUAUUUUCUUCAGCGCUUCUCCGUCGUUGAGUCUGUCUGUGCCACAAUUUCCAAAUUCCGAGCCGAUGCCGACCACUAGAAUCAACUCUCCUGCAACGCCGCCGUAUUCACCGCUCGCCGCCGCUACCAACGGAACCAACAUUAACGAAAGUCCUGUAUACUCUCACUCUCACUCUCCCCGGAAUUAUCUGAAUCUCCCGAGAAAUUUAUUCGAUGAUGAUAACGGUCUGAUGAUCCAGUACAGUCAGUCUCACGAUCAUAGCUUGCACCACCGGUCUUCCAGUUCCCAAUCUCCUGAUGAUCAUCAAUAUGAUAAUCAUCAACCUAAUUCGAUAAAUGCGCCUUAUUCUUUGGGCUAUAACGGGUUUGGACCGUCCGGUUUGCAGCGCAGAGAAAUAUCUUCUCCCCAAUUGUACAACGCUGAUUAUUAUCAUCAAUAUGGUCGUUAUCAUUAUCAUAAUAAUCUUCCUCGUCGUCAUCAAUAUCAGAAUUUCUCGCCUGUCACGCCGAUUGAUGUAAUACGAGGGAAAGUGGUAAUGGCGGCGCAGAACCAGCACGGGAGUCGUUUCUUGCAGGACAAGCUUCGGCACGGGAACCCGCAGAACAUCGACGUGAUUUUCUCCGAAACGAAAUGGAGUCUGUGGUUUUUGAUGGAGCACCAGUUUGGAAAUCAUGUCGUUCAGAAGCUCAUUGAUGUCGUGGACGACAAUAAACUUGAUGAGAUUCUUCAUAUAAUUUUGACUGAAGAUGACACACGGCUAAGUCAACUCUGUACUCAUGACCACGGAACUAAGGUGGUGCAGAAAUUGGUGGGGCGUCUAAGUACCCCAGAUGAUCAAUAUUUAUUCGCAUCUGUUGUGAGUCGGAUUGCUUUGUCGUUGACUAGGAGCACCAAUGGCAAUGCUGUGAUUUACCAAUGUCUCCGAAAUUUCUUUCGGCCUUACAAGAAGCUUCUUCUGCAGGCAAUAGCACAAAAUUCUCACGACAUAGCACAAGACAAAAGUGGGUGUUGUAUAUUGCAAAAAUGUUUUGUUGAAGCCGACGGCGAAAUCUUCGACAUGCUUGCGGCUCCCAUAAUAGAAAAAGCUUACACCCUUUCUCACGUAAUAAGCAUGAAGAAACAAGAAGUGAAUAGAAAAAUAGCAGCGAAAUUUACAGGAAAGUUCUUUAGUAUAUCCAUGAACAAAUAUGGCAGCAAUGUGGUUGAGAAUCUCAUGAAGAAUUCUGGAUUAGAAGAAGCUGCAGACUCAGUCAUUAGUGAGAUACUGGCCAGCGAUAGUCCUUUACUAGUUUCUCAAGAUCGUUACGGAAAUUUUGUUGUUCAGUCUGCUAUAAGGGUUAUUAGGGAGGGACAACUUCUCAAUCAGUUUAUACAACACGUUGAGGACAACGCAAUACAACUUCACAAUCAUAUGUACGGUAACAGGGUGUUGCAAGCAGUGAAUGCGAGACGAAAUGGAUGA